UUCGCGUGUUUCAAGGCAAAAGAGCGGCAGACCACUCACUUGUGUUUUUUGCAAGAUUUUGAGUAUGGCGUUGGCAACCACUCCAAUUUUAAACAGCAUGAUUAGACCAGCUUGCAAACGGCGCCUAGAGAAACCAGCAGUUGUUGUAAUUGAUGAUACAAGACCAUCUGCCUGCACUUACCAUAAAAAGUCUUUGUCCAUUUUGAUGGAUAUCGCCAAGGACCAUGCAACAAUUUCAAACAAUGCAGAUUCAGGACAAAUUAUGAAGAUUGCGGAUACCAUUACCUGUGGUAAAGAAUCCAAUGACGUUUUCCAAACAUUUUGCGGUUUAUCGUUUCUUGAUCGCUACCAAAAUAAGGCUACCAUUGCCUGCUCGAUGCAUGAUUUAGACAGGCAUAUACGAAAGCACUCUUGGCAAAUGGAAGAUCAACUCCACAGUAAAUGCAAUCAACUGCUAGUGAGAAUGGGAACAAUUGAAAACCUGAGCUCCUUGGAUGCAGACCUGAUAUGCUUGCUUUGCAGUUCAUGCAAAUCACACAAUCAAAACACAACUCUUUUUGACUUGCUCCUUGAAAUAGGCAGAAGUAUUUGGCCAUAUUUGAAGAGACCGUUGUGGCAUAGCGAACCAUUUGUAGAUUUUGUUGCGGAUAUAUUUGAAGCAAUUGGUGGAAAGUUGGAGGAAUUGUACCCAAAAAACUUCAAUGCUGCAUGGAAAGAAAUUUUGAAGCAUCUUGUUUUUUCCCAGGAUAAAAUGUCCAAUUACAGUAGAUUAAGAUUGUUAGCUGUCUUUGAGCAUAGACAUAGAAGGUGGUGUUUACCUGCUGAUGUAACAGAGUUCUUUAGGGAACAAUAUGAUGAGUAUACAGACACAAGGAAGAAGGAAAUUUCAGCCUUUCUUGGCUUACUAUCUUCAAGACGUAAGACGUCACUCACAGCAAAGCCUGGUAGGUCUGCUGCUGACUUUCUCAAAAGGAGACUAAGCCAGGAAAGUCAGGAGAGUGAUGAAAGAUGUUCAACCUCAUCUGGUGAUAGCUCUGAAACUUUGAGUGAUGUGAACGAAGAGACUCUUGAACAGAAUGAGAGUGAUAACAUUUUCUCACCUGCCAGUUCAACUGAUAGCUGUAGGAAUACUUUCUUUGAGAAUAUACAAGCAGAACAUGAAACGUGUAAACAGAAAGACAAUGAGAAUGGAGAAACAAAAUAUUUAAAAGUCAUUUCAGAACGCAGAAGUUUUCUACUGGACAGAAAAAAAGAUAUAAUCAAAGUUCCAAAGAAAUAUGUUGGGAGAGUGAUUGGGUCCCAGGGUAGUGUAAUUCAAUCAAUUCAAGAUGAGAGUGAUGCAAGAGUUAGCAUUAUGCGAAAGGAAAAUGGUUUAAAGAUGGAAAAUAAUUCAACAGCAGACGACGAUUCCACGGAGGAAGGCAAAAGUGAAAAGAGCAAAGAUGAAAGCAGUGAAAAUAUUGACGAAGAUGAAGAUUCUGCAUUCCAGAUUAUUGGAACAGACGAGAGCAUAAAGAAAGCAAAACAGAAGAUUGAAAGUAUCAUCAGCCAUGCAAAGAGUUCAGAAAGUCAUGCAAAUUUAAAAAGAAGCCUCUCCGAUGGUGAUAAACUGAACUCCAACAGCUUCAGAAAGAGUUUUUACCAGGAUCGAACAAAAGUUAUCAUGAAAGUUGGCCGGAAAUAUGUCGGAAGAGUGAUCGGAAGCGGGGGAAGCAUGAUCAUGACAAUUGAAGAAGAAUCUGGUGCAAAGGUGACGUUUAAAAAGGACAGGAGGACAGAGGAACACAGUUGUUUAAAGCAAGAUCAGGAGCUGAAGAAUGAAGACGAGGCAUCGCUUAAAACAGACAAGACAACGAAGGACACACAACACGAAGACAAAGCAGAUGAUGAAUAUGACUUUGAGAUCCUCGGAACAGAUGAAACCAUUAGAAAAGCAAAGGAGAAGAUCGAAUUCAUAAUGAAACUUGUGGACAAUGCAGAGAAGAGACCACUCACAAGGAGCCUGAGUGUUAGUUCUGCCCCAAGAUCAGGUUUCAGACACCUUCAUCGCAGCCUUUCCUGCCCAAUCACCGACUGGGGUCAGGCCUGUGGUGGCGAGUGUUUGGAUUGUCUAAAAGGUUGCUACUGCAGAUCCUUUCUUUUGCAACAGUCAAAGUCGAGAUUUAGCUGGGUUAGACCCCCCGUUCUCGCCCUAAACCAAGACGUUGAAUGGGCAGAUUUUAUUGUCGAGAAAGAGGUGGAUGAAUCGUUAUGGAGACCACGGACACUCUCAAAUGAAUCCAGGGGUGAAGCAAAUAUCAACUUCGGUUCCGGGGAGAAUUUUUCAAGCGGUCGUGACAGCCCCGAGAAUCCAUCCGCUGAUAAUAUAUCAAGUCACACAACUACGGAAAACACAAAGAAAUACCUGCAGCGUAAAGCUACAUUCGAGGAUAGUACAAUUUUUAAAGAUGCACCAAAACAGGUCGAUGAAGAUUCGUAGUGAAAUGUUGCAGUGAAAUGGUGAAAAUUAUCCUUUAACCACCACAUUUACAGUUGUAUUUUUCUCAAAUUAUGCAAGAAAUGAACUAGAUUUAAUAUAACGAAUAUAUAUAUGUAUAUUGUAGGUUUUUUAUUCGAGCAAUUUUAGCAUGAUGAAUAGGUCUAUUGGAUCUAUUCUGCGCGGGCAGAAAUGCGAUGUUUUUUUAUAAAAAGAAGUUUCGGUGAUAGUCAUUUAUGUUAAAUUUAUCACAGAGUUAUGUUACAAAAGCAUUAUGACUUUUAACUAUUUUAACUAGGAACACACAGAGUUAUAAUUUGUGGUAUAGCGAAUGAAUUCAUAUCAAUGUUAUGUUAAUUUAAUUGGAGU